UCUUGCACAAUAAAAGAGAGUUGUAUUUACACUUUCCUUCAACAUUUUCUUGAUUUCACUUUCCAAAAAAGUAACCAAAAAAAACUUCAAAAAAGACCCAAACAACAAUGGAAUAAUCAAUCAAGAAUCCAAAAAAAAAUGGACUUGCCCACAAAGCCAUUUUGCAUAUUCUCACUUUUUUUGGUUACAUUUACCAUGCUUAAGCUAACCCCACUAGCUAAAUCUGAUUCAGAUUACACUAAGUUAGUGUACAAAGGUUGUGCUAAACAAGAUUUGUCAGAUCCAUCUGGUGUUUACUCACAAGCACUUUCAUCACUUUUUGGUACACUUGUUUCACAAUCUUCAAAGUAUAAGUUUUAUAAGACUAGUACUGGUAGUGGACAAUCAACAAUUUCUGGUCUUUUUCAAUGUAGAGGUGACCUUAGUAAUGUUGGUUGCUAUAAAUGUGUUAGUGGUUUGCCUAUACUUAUUGAUAAGCUAUGUGGUAGUAAGCCUGUUGCUGCAAGAAUUCAGCUUUUUGGGUGUUAUAUGCUUUAUGAGGUUGCUGGUUUUCCUCAAAUAUCUGGCAUGGAGAUGCUGUUCAAGACUUGUAGUGGGAAAAAUGCUCCAGGUAGUGGAUUUGAGGAAAGAAGGGAUACUGCUUUUUCCGCAUUGGAAAAUGGCAUGGCUAGUAGCAACGGCUUCUACACAGCAAACUAUCAGUCUGUUUAUACCGUGGGGCAAUGUGAAGGGGAUGUUGGCUCAGCUGAUUGUGCCGAUUGCGUGAAAAAUGCUGUCCAAAAAGCUCAGGUGGAAUGUGGAAGCUCCGUCUCUGGCCAAAUCUUUCUGCACAAAUGUUUUAUUGGUUAUAGUAAUUCUCCAAAUUGGGUUCCCGAUACAUCGCCAUCAUCUUCAGAUUGGUCCCCUUCUUCAUCUUCAGGGCCAGGGCAAAAUGUGGGGAAGACGGUGGCUAUAAUAGUAGGAGGGGUAGCUGGAGUAGGGUUUAUCCUCAUAUGCGUGCUAUUUGCAAGGAAUCUAAUGAAGAAACAUGACGAUUAUUGAAGGGGUCAGAUUUGUUUACUAUGACCGGCAACGCUUUCUUGAGGUGGAUUCUUUUUUCGGUUCUCUUCUUGAAAGGAAAAUAAUUUUCUUUUCCGAAUCAUCGAGAAGUAGAAAUUAAAGGAUUUUGUGGCUGUAAUUCUUGGUAUUCUUAGUUCUUGAAAAUUAGUGUUUUCUUCCCGUCUGUCCUGGUCUCGGUGAACAAAGUUACCUGAUACCUGUUGCUGGUGGGAGAUGUAGUUAUCCCGUGGAAUUAGUUAAGGUUCGCGAAAGCUGGCCAGACACCACGGUCGUCAAGAAAAAAUGUUGAACUUACAUUGUUAGUCAAUUAUUAACAAGAUUAGAAAUUGUCAUGUGCAUGUUGUCUCUUUUUCCAGUUGACUUGAAUAAUGCUUCUAGAUUUUUUUCAAAAGUUUCAUACUUUACAGAAAGUUUUCUUGUUUUCUCUUCAACUCCAGGCUGUAUAUGUUUGUCUGAAUCCCCGUCGUUUUAUCUUAUAUCUAUGCCUUUAUGCUAGUCCAGUCGAAGUCCAUUACUGACAGUAACUAAUGAGAAACUCCAAGACUAACAACAGCAAGGUGUAUCAUAUCCAGCAGUUCAUUGCAUUUGUUUUUGUCCCCUCGACUUGGAAAGGUGAAAAAGAACUGAAAGACACGGGGAUGACAGGAAGUUUCCGAUGGUUCAUUUUUGUGAUAAUGAAAGGGAGAAGAGAAUCUUGUAUCCCUCGGAUUGUCAGAGUUGGCCUCACUUUAGUAAGAAAACAUUGGAACCGAUUCUUGUAAUCUACCGGAGUAUAUUCAUCGUAGAUUGCUUUUGUUAAUCUCCGGAACAUCUUGUAUUUCCUAACAGCAGAUUUUGCUAAAUUGCAAAAGAUUUCUAUUG